GCCAGUCAGUGCACCAUCAUGUUUGGUCACUAAACAAUGUUUGAUCGCGUUUGGUCGCCAAACAUUUUCGUUUGGACAAGGCUUAAAACUUAUUUCCUGUAUUGAAACUCACAUAGAAAUACUACUGAAAUAUAGCCAGACAGUGACAAAAACUCCAACCAGCGCCCCCUCCCUCGCGCCCCCCUCCCCUACCCCGCCAAAACACCAAACUGUUAGCAUGACUGAGUAUUCCACGCGUGUAACGCUUGAAAUAACACCAAUCAGCUCGCAGGUACAAUAAUUAAUGUGUGCGUUUCAAAAAUCAAAUGUUGAUCGGUUCUCAAUAAAAUACCAAUUGUUUCAUUAGGGGAAUUGUCUUUUAAAAAAGUGUCCAUUCUAUUCUUAGGAAUCAGCAUCUAUAAUGAAUUUGCUUAUCAAUGAAACAUUCCUUAAUGCUACCAACGGAGGUUUAAACGACUCAUUGAGAAACGGCACAGUUUCCACACACGAACAAUCUUCGGGCUGCCUGCCUUCAUGGAUUCUCGAUGCAAUGGGCGUCCAGGCAGUGUACGUUAGCGAUAUUGUGCUAACGGUUGUCCACAUUCCGUCCGCCAUCUUUGCAUUCCUGUCUAAUCUGGCUGUCAUAGUAGCCAUCAUCCGCACCCCCUCACUUCAUGUCCCUGUCAACGUGUUGCUGUGUGGCCUGGCCACUGCUGAUUGUCUCACAGGCCUGGUUGUGCAGCCCGUGUACGCGUCAUGGCGCUUUUUGUUGCAUCACCUGAGAGACCCCUGCAGUUUGGUCCAUCUGUACCAGACCAGCAAGUCGCUUCCGUUCUUGGUCGUUGGCUGUACGUUCUUAAAUCUGGGAAUAACCAGCGUCGACAGAUUUUAUGCAGUUUCCAAACCCUUCGCCUACAGAACAGUAGUCACAUUUCAAGGUAUGGUGAAGAUCGUGGUGGGUGCGUGGGUCCUUUGGUUCAUUUACGUUUCUCUCAUGGAGACUGUGGUCCCAAGCACGUUGUACGAUUCGAUGGAAAAUGCCACUUUGGCCUCACUGAUUAUCAUCCCAACGGCAGGUCACGUGCUAACCUUCCUUGCUGUGCGCCGCAGCAGCAGAAACGUCCUGGGCCUCACUCACAAUCGACAGCAUGCGACCCUCUUUAACAGAGAGAAAAAGGCGGCUGCAAGCAUGGCUGUCUACACUGUAGUUACGUUAGCCUCGUUGGUACCUCUGAUGAUCCUUCUGAACUUCGGAGACAGCGUCGUUGCUGGAAAUCUGCUGUUUCCUUGGGCGUCUACAAUAACAACGCUCGUGUCCUCCAUCAAUCCUGUUAUUCAAAUUCAGAGGAACGCUGCCUUAAGGGAAGCCCUCAAGAAUCAGUUUAAUUACCUGUAACUUUUCGGCAAGCUGCUUUCAUAACAGGAAAGAAGUGAAGUCAAUAAAAGUUAAUCUGGCCAACGUCUUUUGUGUUCACUUGUGUGCGGGCAUUUUUUUUACUUUUUCUCGAUAAACGUUUAACGCUAAAACAAAAUAAACUUUAAACACUCUACUCUUACUUGUUUGAAGUAAAGUAGUAAUGAAAAGUGAGCACAACCGCGCAAGUCCUUCGCCGUCGCUGUUCCGCGUUCCACGACAGAUCUAAGCCAAUCUUUUCGUGACAUGAGUCAAACCUUUCAGAGCAUCCACGUCACCGUCACGUUACGUACGACCGAACGGCCGUUUGAGAUUAACACUUUCGCCGACCAACAAAUAAACCGGAAUAUUUUAAAUAAUCUGAGUUAUUUGAACUAACAGUUACAGGCAGCCAUUAACACUUUCCCUGAUCAACAAAUUAACCAGACGUUUUAACAACCAUUUAAUUUGGGUUAUUUGAACUAACAGUUCAAUUUUUAGCCCAACACUCGCAGUUACAUAAAACGUUGUCCUAGAGAUGUCAGACGAUAUAAGCGCCUGCAAAACAGCAAAACUUGUUAGCAGAUGAUCGACCAAUCCCUAAUUAGCAUAAUCUGCUCCGCCACUACAACCCGUAGCUACGCUAUUCACGGGUUAAAAGAAUGUGAAAACAAGCAAAACAUAAAACAACAACAACAACAAACACACACACACACAAAGAAGGGUGAGGCCAACAUUUGAUAUCUGAACCAAACAAGCUUGGUCAAUAAACAUCUUAUGUUUUUCCAAACAUGAUGAAACAUUUUAUCAGCGCGCAUAACCGGAAGAGAUGAAAAGUUACCAACCUCUUAAAGGUGGCUCAAAACAGUUUCCAGUAGUUAGAUUUUGAUGGGUCGUUGCAACCAC